AAGGUAAUAAUCGUACCUAAAUCAGAGACUGAUGUAUCUAAAAUAUUGUAAGAACUCUUCUGUACGGAGGUAAAUACAGUUCGCACACCAGCAAGCAUGGCAGCGCUGUCUGCUGUAGCUAAAACAUUGGACUGUAAAGAUUUACACAGCUAUCUCAAGACUCUGCCUCCGGAAAUUUUAGAUAAUUUAUAUAACCACCCGGCAACCUGUCUGGCAGUUUUUCGGGAGCUGCCAGAACUAUCCAAGCACUAUGUGAUGAGGAUGUUGUUUGUGGAGCAGGCCGUGUCUCAGGCUGUCAUAUCUAUGUGGGUCACCAAUAAACACCAGGAUGAACAUAAGACAUCUGCAAGGGUGCUGUCAGAACUACGAGUGUGGCAGGAACAGGGAAUGGUAGGAGGCCUGCCUGGCUGGACACUCAGCCCUACUUUCAGACAAAACAUGAAGGUGGCUCUACUAGGAGGGGAAAGAGCUUGGAUUGGUGGGGGAGCCCUAGUUCCAGACAAACACGCCAAAGACAUUCCAUUCCUGGACAAGUAUGCCUUGGAGAGAUGGGAGUGUGUACUACACUUCAUGGUGGGGUCAUCUGAAGGUACAGAUGGAGUGGGCAAUGACAUCAUAGAUGUACUACUACACUCAGGUCUCAUGAAAAGUGAGACCAAUGAGCCGCUACCAGCUAUCACUCCUGCUGGGUUCCAGUUCCUCCUGAUGGACACCUCUUCACAAGUCUGGUACUUCAUGCUUCAGUAUCUAGAUACUCUCGAGUCGCGAGGGAUGGAUCUUACCCAGUGCCUGUCCUUUUUAUUCCAGCUCAGCUUCUCAACACUAGGCAAGGAUUACUCCACGGAGAGCAUGACAGAACAGCAGCUGAGAUUCCUACAGCAUCUCCGAGAGUUUGGUCUGGUCUAUCAGAGAAAGAGGAAGGCUAUGAGGUACUAUCCUACACGACUGGCAGUUAACCUGGCAUCAGGGGUGACCAGCCUCAACACGGAUACCCAUCAACAGGGCUACCUCAUGGUGGAGACCAACUACAGGGUAUACGCUUACACAGAUUCCCCACUGAAGGUUGCUUUGGUAGCUCUGUUCUGUGAAAUGUUAUACAGGUUUCCUAACAUGGCCGUGGGUAACUUGUCCAGAGAAAGUGUGAGGGAGGCAUUGGUACGUGGCAUCACAGCAGAACAGAUCAUCAGUUUCCUCAAAAGCCAUGCACACCCAAAGAUGCUGAAACAGACUCCUGUGCUGCCCCCUACCAUCACUGAUCAGGUUCGAUUGUGGGAGUUAGAACGAGACCGCUUCAAAUUCACAGAUGGCGUACUGUACAGUCAAUUCAACUCUCAGAGUGACUUUGAACUCCUCCGUGAUUAUGCAAAGGAUUUGGAUGUGCUGACUUGGGAGAACCCGUCCAAACGUGUGAUGGUGGUGUCACGAUCUGGACAUGAUGACGUCAAACGCUUUUGGAUACGUCAGCGACAGAGCAACACCUGAAGCUAGAUCUUAUAAGUGAGGGACUUAAAAAGAAUUGAGUGGACAAUUUACGUACGAGUUUGGUGACCUGGGCUUCAACCAGGUGUCUAGACUCUGUAACAGAUCAUUCACCAGGCAGAGUAGAGGCGUCCUAACGUCUGUUCUGUUCGUCCCUGUUGUUGGAAACAUGGAUUAAAUUUGGACCUGUGAAUCUCUGGAGCUGUGAGGGUCUGGAAGCACGUCCAGUCAGCAGACUGGUUCUGUACAGGGCUGUUGGUGUAGUAGAUCAAACAAUCUACAGCCAUCUGCUACGGUUGUAUACAGACCAAAACAGAAGUAGGACAGGGUAGUGCUGUAUCAAUGUAUAGAUCUGGUAGAACUGGAUAGUGAUGAUCUUUAGUACAGUGACGACCCUACAUGUAUGGUGACAAAAGACAGGUGGUGUGGUCACCUGAGGAGACGAACACAAUAGACAGGUGGUGUGGUCACCUCGGGAGACGGACACAAUAGACAGGUGGUGUGGUCACCUGGGGAGAUGGACACAAUAGACAGGUGGUGUGGUCACCUCAGGAGACGGACACAAUAGACAGGUGGUGUGGUCACCUGAGGAGACGGACACAAUAGACAGGUGGUGUGGUCACCUGAGGAGACGGACACAAUAGACAGGUGGUGUGGUCACCUGAGGAGACGGACACAAUAGACAGGUGGUGUGGUCACCUGAGGAGACGGACACAAUAGACAGGUGGUGUGGUCACCUGAGGAGACGGACACAAUAGACAGGUGGUUUGGUCACCUGAGGAGACGGACACAAUAGACAGGUGGUGUGGUCACCUGAGGAGACGGACACAAUAGACAGGUGGUGUGGUCACCUGAGGAGAAGGACACAAUAGACAGGUGGUGUGGUCACCUGAGGAGACGGACACAAUAGACAGGUGGUUUGGUCACCUGAGGAGACGGACACAAUAGACAGGUGGUGUGGUCACCUGAGGAGACGGACACAAUAGACAGGUGGUGUGGUCACCUGAGGAGACGGACACAAUAGACAGGUGGUUUGGUCACCUGAGGAGAGUGGUCAUGUUUAUGUGUUGGUGCAUAAUACAGUACUGUACUCGUGUAACAAUGGGUUUGUAAAUGUGUUCUUUUCUAAACUAAUUGGAUAUUAAUUACUAAUAAGUACAUUGAAACAUAUUAUUUUUUUACAUCCAUUACGCUAUGAAUAAACUAUACAAUAUUAAAG